ACCAUGUAUGCAUGUUGAACUUCUUUCGCACCGUACGCAGCCCCGGUCCUCGCGAGCCGUCACCCUGGCCGGACACAAUAUUGACACCUGGCCUGUGCCCAAACCGUCCGCUCGAGCAGAAAAGGCCAAAUGCAUCGACGGAGAUGAAGACGACCCCAGGGGGCACCUCGGGCCCUCAGCCUUCUUUGGACCCACGCUCUGGGGCAAGACGCUGCCCUACUACGACAGCUUCCAGCUCGAGUACAUGGACCUGGACGAGUUCCUGCUCGAGAACGGCAUUCCUCCGGUGGCCAACUCCACGGCCGUGGCCUCGGCCACUGCCACGGCUCUUCCCGUGGCGUCCCCGGGCCCGGCUCCCCAGCCGCUGCCAUCCCCGCCUCUCCCCGCUCGGGCGCCGUCCGUGGGCGAUCUGCCACCGGGGCCGAGCGGCUGCUGCGCCAUCAACGUCGAUCCUCUUCCAUCGCGUAAAUAUUUACGCGAU